CAUCAAUCAAUCUAUCAACAAGACAAUCACCUACACCACACCAAAACACAUCCAAUCCAUCAACAUGUUCCGCCAAACUCUCCUCCGCCAGUCCCGCCUCUUCAGCACCUCGGUGCGCGUGCAGAAGAGCGCCGUUGAGGCCGCCAAAGACACCAUCAAGACCGCCGACAAGGCCGUCUCGCAGAAGAUCGUCCAGGGUAUCGAGGCGACUGAGUCCGCCACGGAGAAAGCCAAGGAGACCGUCGCCGGCGGCGCAAAGGAAGCCCAGCGCAAGGCCGAAGAUGUCAAGGACGACGCUGCCCGCAAGGCCGAGAACGCGAAGAACGAGGCGGCUCGCAAGACCGAGGAUGCUGCGAAGGAGGCUAGGAAGUAGAGCUUCACGAGGUGGAAGAAGGACGGAUUGAUCGGGAGGAUGAUGAGAUGAUCAGUUGAAGGAGGGAAAACAGUUGUAACAUUAGCGAGGGGGUCGAUGAGAGGAUACCAGACCUAUGACGCAGUCAACCUGAAAGCAUUGAUGUUCCCUGCGUCG